CGGAAAGCGCAGAGAGAAAUGUGUCACUGUUAGGCAAAAAGUGUUUCUACGUUAAUUUGUUGGAAACAUGGCGCCGGUACAACAAGAACCAGCGAUCCAAUUCGCGCAAAGAUUGGCUUCUAAUGAGAAGCCCAUGCGAACAAAAGCCAUCAAGAAGCUACGAAAAUAUAUUAGUGUUAGGUCACAGAAAAUCCAAGGUGGGUUUGAAUGCGACGAGUUACUCAAACUAUGGAAAGGACUCUUUUAUUGCCUGUGGAUGCAGGACAAGCCACUUCUUCAGGAGGAGCUGUCGAAUCAGAUCUCUGGCCUGAUGCAUAACUUCCAGAACACCCAGAGCCAGUUUAUGUUUCUGGAGACCUUCCUGCAGACCAUCAAAAGAGAAUGGACUGGCAUUGACAGGCUUCGCAUUGAUAAGUUCUUCCAGCUGGUUCGUUUCGUGUUCAGGAACACUUUUGAGAUGAUGAAGAGGAAAGAAUGGGAGACCAGUGUGGUGACCAGGUUUCUGGAGCUCCUGACUGCCCAGGUCCUCCACAGCUCCAGCGGAGCUCCCUGUGGAUUACAGUUCCACAUACUGGACAUCUAUAUGACCGAGCUGGCUGCAGUCGGCUCCGCUGAGCUCACAGCGGCUCAGAACAUGACAUUCAUUGACCCUUUCUGCAAAACAGCAUCUAAAACGAAAGAUCGGAUCCUGCUCAAGGCUAUCUGCAGCAGCAUUUUCAGCGCCAUCGUGGACCAGGCUCCCUUCGCCAUCGAAGACCUGUUGAAGGAAGUGAAGGCUACAGGUGGAGGGGCUGAGGAGUCCGACUCGGGACAGGCUUCUGAAGAGGAGGUGGUAGAGAAGGAGCCCCCCAAGGGCAAAAAAACUGCAAAGGGACCCCUCAAGAAAACCACUGGAGUGCAGACCAACGGUACUGUAUCAACUGAGGAGGAAGAUGAUGAUGGUCUGGAGGAUGAAGACGAUGACGAAAUGCUUCAUUUGGAGAGUGACUCUGAGUCUGAGAUGCCAGAUGACGCGGGGAUCGGACCUGUUCUCCAGUUUGACUACCUUAGCCUGGCGGACAGGCUGUUUGGGCUAGCCAGACGCAGCAACACCCCUAGCCACAACAGACAGAGACUGUACAAAGUUGUCAAGACUCUCCGGGAUCUCAGUGAAGGAGUCUUUCCACAGGAUGAGUACCCAGAGGAGGUGUCGACAGAUGAGGAUGAUGAUGAAAUGUUUGGCAGCAGAAAGAGGAUGAAACGGGGACGAGGCUUCGGGGAGGAGGAGGAAGAGAGCUCACCAGCCAAGAAAUGGAAAGGCAAGAAAAAAGACUCCAAAGCAAGAACUUCUGACCAGACUCCCGCAACAGAUGCCAGCAAACCAGCAGAGACUCCCGGAGACUCCAAUAACAACAAGAAGAAGAAGAAGAAGAAGAGGAGGAAGAAGAAGAAGACUGGAGAGGUGAAGACUGAAGAGCAGAACGGGGUGGCGGUGAAGUCAGAGGUGAAGACUGAAGAGCAGAACGGGGUGGCGGUGAAGUCAGAGGUGAAGGCUGAGAAGGACACAACUCCUGCUUCUGCACCGCAGACGACAGACUCUAAAGAAGCAGAGACUGAGCCCUCUGUCCCAGCCAAGGGCACCGAUACAGGAGCGGCUCUCCUGAAGGAGAAGGCAAAGGUGACAGCCAUGGAGACAGGGGUCCGAUCAGGAACUCCACAGGAUGUAGUGGUAGGUAACCUAUCAUCUGUCUCAGUCAUGGAGGAAGACCAGAAGAAACAAUCAGAGACUCUGGUACCAGACGCCACAUCUUCCAAGAAGAAAAAUAUCAAGAAGUCCAAAACGCCUGCACCGAAGGAGGAGAAGGAAGAGGUAGCAGAACCAGAAAGGUUUGCCCCUGAGACUGCUACUACCAACCUUAGGAGGAGGAAAAGCACCAAGCAGGAGCCUGCGGAGCAGACAACCGUAGAGGAAGUUGAAAUGACGUUAGAAACAGUAGACAAGGCCACCCCACCGAAGAAGAGGAGGAGAAAGAGGGUUAAACGGACCGCUGAGACAGACACAACACAGGUGGACCUUGAACCAGACUCUACACCAGCCGAGGAGCCUCCAGCUGACUUCCGCAUCGCCGCCACGCCCCUGAAAAAGAAGAAACUAAAGGUGGCCAAAGCUGUAGAGGAGAGCGCUGAGGGUGAAAUGCAGCCAGAAACUGAAGCAGGCGUCCUUCCUGCAGACGCCAAGGUGGAGCCAGCAUAUGUCGCUGCAUUAACCCCACUCAAGAAGAAGAAGAAACAUGCCAAGACUGAAGAACAGAGCGUGGAGGCCGAGGGUGAAACCCCGCCGAAAGCAGACGCAAACCUCACACUGAUCGACGCUGAGGUACAGAUGCUGGAGGCCGCCACACCUACCCCGCUCAAGAAGAAGAAGAAGAGCUCUGGACGGGUAGCGCAGGAGCCAGAGACCACGACAGUGGAGGAGAGCGUUUCAGCGGAGCAGCCUACAGAUGCUGACCUGGACACGCCCCUGAAGAAAGGGAAGAAGAAGAAGAGGAAGGUCCCGCUAGUGAUAGAGGUCGAGGCUGAGGUCAACGGGAUGGCUGGAGGCAAGAAAUCCAAACUGAGCAACGACAGCAAAGAGCUGUCCACGCCGGUGAGCGCCAAGAAAACACAAAAAAUGACGCCCAAGAAGGCAGGGGCGGAGUCUGACUUCAUCACGUUCCAGAACCAUGCCACCAUCCCUACUCCCCUUUUCUUCAAGACCACCAAGGGAAGCCCCAGCACACCGCUAUCCAGCAAGAAGAAGAAGAUGUGUCGGACUCCUAAGUCCGAAUCCAAGAAGGUUACCUUCGGACUCAAUAAAAACAAAACUGCAGAGUUCAGGAAGACUGACCGCAGCCUGCUGGUGAGUCCGGAGGGGUCGUCCCGAGUGCCCUUUGACCCCCAGCAGAAGCCCCUGUUUGGGGUCCUGAAGUCCCCAGAGGCCUCUCUUACCAAAAGCAGUAAGAAGACCAAGAGCACCCUGAAAACCACCCCCAAACGCCCCACUGCGGCUGACUUCUUCUAGUCUUCUGUGAGGAGACUGGUAAGACAGAUGACCGUCCCACCCCCACUGUUUGUCCACCAGGAAAAUACAAUUAUAAACUGAAUAUUCAGAUUCCCCUGUUGGGAAGAGAAUGAUCUUGAUAUACAAAUGUUUUUUUCAAAUUUUCCAUGUUUUGCUGUUCUGUGGGUGAGCAAGUGUUCAAAUAAAAACUCCCUCAUUUUAGUG